AUGGCCGCCCCGCUCGAGCGCGUCUAUCGUCCACGCGCCCUCACUCGCCGAGAGCUCGACCUCGACCACGACAAGGCGCGCGCCGCCCAAGAGCGCACCGUCAAGCGCGCAAAGAAGGAGGCCGCGCAGCACGAGGACCGCUCGUCCACCUUCCACCACAGCGGCAUCGCUGGCAUCGCCUUCAAGGACUUCCAGCUCGGCCGAGGCGUCGCGUCAAAUUCUCGCGCCCUCCUCGACGAGCAGGCCUACGCCGCGCGCCGCCGCACGGUCGAGAACAAGCUCCUCGACGACGUGCCGCGCCUCUCGAGCGUGUGCCUCGAGGUCCUCGUCGACAACUACGGCGAGCGAGGCGUGUUCGACGCGCUCGACCCUGUCGUCCACCGCGAGUACGCCGCGCCGCUCCUCGCGACCCUCGCCCGGCGCAUCGGUCACGGCACCCUGCCGUUCCAGGUCUGGCUCGACUUUGCGCACCGGUUCGCCCUCGAACUGCCGCCGCAGCGUCGCACGUAUCGCGGCCUGUGUGUCGGCGACGGCAAGGAGCUCGGCCUCGUCAAGGAGCUCAACGCCGAGGCGGUCGAGCGGUGGGCGCACGAGACGGCCUACCCGUCGCCCGGCCGCGAGCCGCUCGUCCCGCCCUUCUACCUCGCCUACCUCGACCUGCGCGGCGACACGACUUUCACCGACGGCGACAUCUACAAGCUGCGCAAUCCGCUGUCGCACUUUCUCGCCGUCCUGCGCCUCGACGGCACGAGCAUCUCGGACGAGGCGCUCACGUGGAUCGCCCGCGCCGCUCGAGAUCCGCCCCAGUACGCGCAGCUGCAGGUCCUGUCGCUGCGCGGGCUCCUCAAGGUCACCGACGCCGGCGUCCUCCAGCUGUCGUCGCUGGCCAACCUGCGCAGCCUCGACUUGCGCGGCACGCAGUGCACGUCCGCCAUCCGCGCCGCGCUCAACCGGUCUUUCCUCGGCGGUGCUCCCCCGUCGACCUCCUCGUCGACACCUCUCGCACCGCGCUUCUGGCGUCCCGCCCGUCCUCGCCCCGACCUCCCGACCUCGCUUCCCUCGACCCUCGAGCCGCAGCUGUUCGAGCCCGCCAACUUUUCGCCUGCCCGCACCCUCGCCCUGCUCCACUACCUCGCACGUGUCGAGUCGACGCCGGCCGGGCCACAGCGCCGCGACGUCCUGCGCACUCGAGCGCUCGUCAAGCCGCUCGGGCUGCACCUGACGGCCGUCACGCGCUCCUCGUGCUCGUCAGCCACCGUCUCGCCUGCCUCGUCUCGCCCCGACGCGACCGCCGACGAGCUGUACCGCGACCAGCUCGCGCUCUCGUACGGCGCCAAGCGCGCCGCGUAUCACGCCGGGCUCGGCAGCAUCACGUCGACGGUGCCGCUCUCGCGCGGUCUCGUCGAGGAGGAGGGUCGGCGCGAGUCGGACAAGGGCGCCGCGUUCCGCAACCGCAACGACGCGGUCGCGGCGGGCGAGUGGAUCGGCGCCGGCGCGAGGACCGGCGGUCGGGCCAUGCUGCCCGGCCAGAGCGCGAGCCUGUACGACGUCGGGACGAGGAAGGUCUCGAGGGAGGACAAGGAGCGCGGCGCGAGGGAGCCGUUCUCGGACUCGGAGGGCGACGACGAGCGCGAGCAGGAGCUCGAGGCCGAGGAGGCGGCCGAGCGCAAGCGGUGGGAGGACGAGUCGGCGCAGCGCUCCAGGUUCUACCGCCCGCUCGAGCCGCCGACACCGCGAGGGCCGAGGACGUGGGCCGAGCCGCUGCCGUCGGACCUCAUGCUCGUGCGGCACGUCCCCUACGUCGCGCCGUGGGAGGGCUCGCCCGCCCGGCCCGCCGCCGCCGCCGCCGACUCGUCCGAGGCGCACGACCUUCCUCGAGCAACACCUGGCGGCACGCUCAAGAAGCGCAAGCGCCCGUCCUUCCCCCUCGACUCGCCGUCGCCGCCGCCGCCGUCUCGCACGCCUUCUCGCGCACCGCCACCUCCCUCAUCCUCGUCCUCGAGCCCAGCCGUCGCCACACCGUCCUCCAGCCUCGUCAAGAAGCGCCAACCUGCGUCCGCGACACCCUCCUCCUCGUCGACCUCGACCUCGACCUCGACCUCGACCUCGCGCACGCCGGCACCGGCCCUGUACACGGCCCGCAGCGCGAGCAAGAACAUCGUCCGCACGACGCCCGCUCUGCCAAAGCGGUCGGCGCUGUCGGCUUUCCGCACCAAGAAGAAGACGUGA